CAAUAGGCCAAGGUUUCCAUUUCCUUUUCUCUGCGUUGCGUCAUUUCCCUUGUUCUCAGGCGCCUUUGAUGUAAUCCCAGCGAAUGAUAGAGUGCCAAAUCCUGUUACUAAAAUGACCCGAUGGUUUCUAUUGGCUGUGUAUAUGUCUCGAUUAGAAUAACAAACAGACAAUACGUCAUACUCCAUCGCGGACCGCCCCCGCAGCAUUGAAUACAGCGGCCAAUCACAGCGCGCUUGGCCAUUCCAGAAUCUCGAGAUGAGCUUCAAAGUGGCCUACGUCAUACAUCCUGGGGCUUAUAAGGACUUUCGAUUCUCUAGAUCGAUCUUGCGUUCCUAUUCACAGACAAACCACACAACAUACUAUCGUAUCUUCAAAGUCACAUUCCGAGGACAAGCACAUCAUACUCCAUCACCACCCAAGAUGAGUUUUAACGAUACCAACUUCCAGAACGAACACGAGACUGGCGGUACCACUGGCAACAUUCCUGGUACCUUUGAUCGCUCGAAUGAUGCCUCUGCCGGCCGCAGUUUCAACCAAGUUGACAAUCUCACCAGUGACCGUACCCAGGGUUCCUACAACAGUGGCUUUGGUAGCAAUGAUCGAGCCGGAAAUUUAUCUAAUGACCGCACUGGAGGAUCAUAUGAGGGUGGAUUGAACAACAGAAACACUAAUACUGCCGGUGGAUUCACUGAUGGCCGUGCUGAUGGCUCCUUCGGCAGGGGCAACAAUGAUAACUUCUCCCGUGAUACCAACACCGCGACCUCGGGUUUCAGUGAUCGCGAGAGCAACCUCCAAAGCAACAACCUCCAAAGCACCACUGAUAAAGGCCGUGGAGGCAGUAUUACGGAUGGCCCGAGUGUCGAGCCUCGUGAAGCCACGGCGGGUCAUGCUGGUGUGAUGGGAGCAACCUUUGGUGCAGAUCAUACUUCUACUUCGACUUUCGAGAAGUCGCAAGGCAGAAGAUAUGGCGAGGGCUUUGACCAGAGUGGAAACAAGUUUGAGCAGGAACUAGGCGGCCAGGGUCGAGAUGGGCACCACCGUCGCGAGAAUGAGACUGAGAGAGGUGCUGCUGCCGGGGGCAGUGGCUACGACAAUGCCGACCGCCAAGAAUAUGGCAACCGAAGUGACAAUACUACCGAUACUAUCGCAUCUGGAGAGACCGGUAGCAGCAAUAACAGCCACGAAUCCGGUAAAUCCUCUGAUCAUAGUCAUAAAGAGGGACUGGGACAGAAGUUCAAGGAGAAGGCAGAAAGUAAGUUCUUCCAUUAUAGAAAACUGGUUUUAUGAGGAGCUAAUAAUUGUCACUCAGACUUGUUGGGACACCAUCACAAGAGCUAGAAGGAAGAGAGCCGCACUGGUGAUGUUUGUUAAUUCCGUUCACGAUAGGAGUGAAACCUUUCUUUUCUGAUUCCUGUAUUUUAGUGGUCAGUUAUCUUGUGUACAAACUAAGGAA